AUGCAGUCUCAAUGGGGCAUUCCCAGAUUUAUGCCACUAGCGGCUUUCACCGACCCGUCCAAUGGAUACCUCCUUGACGACACCUGCAUUUUCGGAGUGGAGGUCUUCGUCAUCAAGAAUUCGGGGUUGGGCGAAUGUUUCACACCAAAAGAGGCUACAUCAUAUACACAUGAAUGGAAGAUAUCAAAGUUCUCGACUUUGGAGGAAGAGCACUGCCGGUCCGAGCCGUUUUUUGCUGGCAGUGAGAAAUGGAAGUUGCAUCUAUAUCCGAGGGGAGCUUCAGCAGCGAGGAACGAAAGCCUUUCAAUAUUUCUUUGUUUGGCCGAUUCAGGGAAACUCGAUCUUGGGCAGAAAGUUAACGCAAGCUUCACCAUUCAGUUGAGAGGCGAAGACGGCACUGUUUAUCGGGAGCGCACGUCAAGUCCGCUAUGGUUCAGUCGAUCGAGCCCUGGGUGGGGUUGGUCUUCUUUUGCCUCGCUGAAGAGGGUCCAAGAAUACCUCGUGGAUGAUCUCUGCGUCAUUGAGGCCAAAGUCGCCUUCCUUGGCACAGCUAGACGACUGCCCUGA